AUGCCCUUAAUCGUAAUAACGAUCUUGGUGGGCGUCCUGGGGUGCUCGGUGAAAGUCCAAAGCAUGUUGGUAGUCGUAAUAGUAAUCAUCGCAAUCUCGUGGUUGAUGCUCUACUUGCCAAUCGAGCUCCUCUCGUCGGGAAGGGUGAUAAGUCUUCAUUAUCAUGAGUUAAUAAUUAGUAAAUAAUAUAGUUUUAGCCUUAACUCAUGAUAAAUAGACUUAUAUUUGUGUUAAAGCAUGAAAAGUGGUUUUCAGUUGAUUAACGUGAAUUUUUGGGUAAUUAUGUGAUUUUAUACGAUUUUUAUAGUCUUAGUUUUGAGAUAAAUGAAGAACAAGAAAUAAAAAUAAAAAUAUUGCAAAAUGGGGGGACCCGCCGGCCAGCCGGGCCCGCAAGCGGGUCGGAAGCGCAAUCGGGGAGUAGCCGCGAGCAGGGGCUCGAGCGGCUUGCUUGGAUCGAUAGGGGCACGUGUGCGCCACUCCCCUUCCACGUCACCGGUGGUCAGCCGGCUGUGGGGCAAGGAGUGGUCGUACACGCGAGAGGACUUUGCCUACAAAGCUAACUUUACUAUAUAUUUGCCCGAAUAAUCCGCGUACAACCGAUGUGGGACUAAACCUUCAGGGGGGGCGACCGCCGCAGGUUCGAAUCCUCCCAGAGUCAAAAUUCAUAUAUUUUUAACUGAUUAUCGCGACUUUCCUGCAGAUCGCCGGUGAAGGAUUAAGCAACCGGAAUCGCUGGAUCAUCGGCGAAAAUCUCGUCAACGCGAUUCGCGGAGCAGUGCUACUAAAAUUUCUGAACGAUUCGCGAUAAAAGGAUCGCAAUCCAUCGAGUAAAUCAUCUCCGAUUGAUCGACGAACAAGCCGUCGUCGGGAAGAGGACGAUCCGCCGGGAGACCAGUCGCCACCUCCUGAGAGCGUACCAGAUGCGAUGAAGAGCCUUCUCUUGCUGCGCGGACCUGAGGAUGAAGCUCCCUAACACGCGCCUCACCUCCAUCCAGCCCCUCUCCGUCGAGUGACAGCCGCCGGAGAGCCGCAAAGUCGCCGUUUUUCCGCUCCGCCGGGUGACAGCCGCCGGAGACGAUUCGACGACCCACUUCAUUGGUCUCUAGACUUCGCGAGAAGAUCUAGAGAUUGCCCACGUCGUCUUUGUCCAAGGAGAGCCUUCGAGGCCGUGGACACUGCACGACGACCCUGCCAAACGCUCAGGAUUCCGGUGCAUCACCGACGCGUCGCCGUCGCGACGCCGGAACUCUGUUUUCCUGCUUUAUCUAGAGAUUGCCCAAGUCGUCUUUGUCCAAGUAGAGCCUUCGAGGCCGUGGACACUGCACGAGGAUCCUCCCGAACGCUCAGGAUUCCGGUGCAUCGUCGACGCAUCGCCGUCGCGACGCCGGAACUCUGUUUUCCUGCUUUCAAUUUAAUUUACGCUUCAUUUAG